GCAAUAAUGCAGACUAGUGCACUCAUUUUUGCUGUGAUAAUUUUUAUAAGCGCGAAUGCGCCCCAAAUAAAUGCGUUACUGCGUCGCUGCUACCAUUGCCGAUCACGCGGCGAUCUAGGCAGCUGUCGCGAUCCCUUUCUCUUCAACGCCACCGACGUGGAACGCGAGCCUGGAGUAGCGGCCGUGCCCUGCGCCAGCGGCUGGUGCGGCAAGGUGAUCGAAGGCGGUGGCACCUAUGCCGUCGACGACUACGAUUUGGCCAUUCAGCGCAUGUGCGUCCAGCGGGGGCCCGACGAUAAUAUGGAUCGUUGUGCGGACACCGUCUUCAAUUACAAAAAAGUCCAUAUGUGCUUUUGUCAGGGAGAUCUGUGCAAUGGCAGCGACUCAAUUAUGGGUGCGAAACAGCUUCCCCUACUCCUAUUCUCUACGUUGGUUGCAAUGCGCCUGAGCGCGCUUUUUUAGCUGAAAAUGCAAUCCUUCAUUUACUGCUGCCCAUUUGCUGAGACUGCGCCCAAC